CCAACAUGCUGUCCAGUUUACCAAUCUUAUAAAAAUACGUGUCAUUAAUUAAACCUUUAUGUUAUCCUAUAAAUACUAUCUUCAUCUCACUAUUCAAUUAAAAUUAUUCGGGGUUUGGCACAAGUUAUCUUCAUACGACGUGCAUAUGCAGACUCUUCUGCCCCAACUUUGUCAAAUGUAGACCGCAAAAUUUUUUGAAGUAUGUUAAUUCUUCUUGAGUGGUUUGCUUGAUCAAUAUUUUGCAAUAUUUUUAUUUGCUUCACCGACGUGUCUUCAUUAUAAUCUCCUGAUUGCAAACCCAGUUAUUUGCCAUUAGAAUAUAUUUUUAAUAUUUUAACCUGUGAACAUGGAAGACAUUCAAGACGUAAAAUUGCAGCCUAUGCCUGUAUCUCAGUUUUUGAAACCUCUAAGGAUGACAUUCAAGCAGAACGGGAAAGAACGCUUCUGGGAUUUUGUUAAACUUCAUGAAAGUGUUUCUUGCAUUUUAUUCAACCGAAAACGAGGCGUACUCGUGUUCGUAAAGCAGUUUCGCCCAGCCGUAUAUUACGGAAAUUCCGUUCCUACCACGGGGGACAAUUCAGUGAAAGAUAUGGAUUGGACAAAAGUUCCGGCCAAGAACGGGAUUACGAUUGAGCUCUGUGCAGGAAUUGUGGACGAUCCUAAGCUUUCCUUGGCUGAAAUUGUGAAAAAAGAAAUCUUAGAAGAGUGUGGUUAUGAAGUACCUCUGGACAAGAUUGAGAAAGUUAUCGGCUACAGAUCCGGAGUUGGUGUAAGUGGCGACAAAAAUAACAUGUUUUAUGCAGAAAUUACUGAUGAAAUGAAAGUUCAUGAAGGAGGCGGUUUGGAGCAUGAGGGUGAAUUUAUUGAUGUUGUAGAAAUGACGGUACCUGAAAUUCGAAAGUUUAUUGAACAAGAUAACGUUCCUAGUCCUGGUGGAUUUCUUUUUGCAAUUCUCUGGUUUCUUACACACAAAGCACCAAAAUAAAAUUAGUCCCAAACUAUGGUUGUAAUAAAUAUUUUAUUGCAUACACCA